AUGACUGGCUUAAAAGGGUUCACAGACAAUCCUUUGCACACACGUGCGGAUCUCGUCGUGGCCGUGAAAGCCCUCAUAUCGCCUAUCGAGCGCUACCGCUCCCGUCUCGGCGCACGCGUCAAGAUUCACCCGGCUUCUUGCGCCGGGUUCGACGACGUCGCGGCCCAAAUUGAGGGCUUUUGUAGACCUCUGCUGGGAGUCUCUGCGAUCCUCGACGAUGCAGCCACCUUGGACCGGUGGUGCCAAGGUCUAGCGGCUGGAGUUGAUGUUGACGGUGACGAGUAUUGGGGCGACAUGGGUGAUUUUGACCAGAGAAUGGUAGAGACCGAGUCGAUUUGCAUUGCCAUACUGUCGUCGCCUGACGCUUUCCUAUCCAGAAUGAGUGACAAGACAAAGGCGGACCUGGUCAGAUGGUUGAGACAAAUCAAUAAAAAAGACAUGCCUCCAAACAAUUGGCGCUGGUUUCGCCUGUUUGUCAACAUGACGUUGAUACAAGUUUUUGGAGUUCCAAGAAGCGAGGUAGACGACGUCAUGAAGAUGGAUCUUGCUUUAUUGGAUAGCUUCAAUAUUGGCGGCGGGUGGUCAAGCGAUGGACUUUGGGCCGAAGAUAGAAAACAGGCUGACUAUUACUCUGGUAGCUUUGCAAUUCAGUUUUUGCAACUUCUAUAUGUUCGGUUCGUCGAGGGGGACCAAGAGCGUGUAGAAAAAUAUAGAGAACAGGCAAAACAGUUUUCCUUACACUAUUGGAGAUAUUUCGACGUUGAUGGGGCUGCAAUUCCUUUUGGCCGCAGUCAGACAUAUCGGUUUGCCUUUGCCGCGUUCUGGAGCGCUGCAGCAGUCGCGGGAGUUAACCUACCUCCGCCUAUGGAUAGCAUCGGUACUCUUAAAGGGAUGCUUUUACGCCAUCUACGUUGGUGGACGCGUCAUGGAGACAUGUUCAACUCGGAUGGCAUUCUAAACAUUGGAUUCACCUACCCCAACAUGUAUCUUGCCGAGAAUUAUAACUCGCCCCAGUCUGUUUAUUGGUGUUUGAAGAGCUGCAUUGCUCUGAUGUUGCCUAAGGACCAUGAGUUCUGGCAAUGUCAAGAAUUACCACAUCCCCUUCAGCAAAGUCCAGGGACACUUAAAACUUGCCAGCUGCUAUGGCCACCGCGGCAAAUUAUCAACAGCACCCCUGAGCAUCAUUACUUGCUGUCUUCUGGGCAGAUGACAGCGUGGCCACAUAAGGGAAACAACGCAAAAUACUCAAAGUUUGCCUACUCCUCGUCUUUCGGCUUCAGUGUCCCAUCAGGGACCACACUGAGUCAAUCUGCACCCGACAGUACGCUUUCCAUUAGCAUUGACGGCGGGCAGACAUGGCAAGCUCGUGGCAGGAAUCUAAGCGAUACUAGGCUUGAGACCAUCUCCGUAAAGGAUUGCAGUGUGCAAGGGUUGACAUGCACAUGGAAACCUUGGAAAGCACUGGAUUUGGAGAUUGAAACUACGUUAGUGCCGCUCGCACAUCAUUUUCCGGGAUGGCACAUUCGCCUUCAUUGUGUCUGGUGGUCACCAAGUGCCAGGGCCAGCUUGCUUGCGGAUGCAGUGACACUGGUAGACGCAGGCUUCGCAAUACCCUCCCUAACAGCCAAGGGAUAUCCUGUGCCUCACUUUGCCCCUGAAGUUCUAGAGUCGCAAGAGGAGGGUUUCUUCCAAGAAGAGGCCACCGCCAUGAUCGUGACCAAAACCGGAGCUGGCGACUUGAGCUGA